GUCACUUUCAAGCGACUUCAUCUUUGUCAGUGCACAAAAUGGCGCCUUACAGCCUACUGGUGACCCGGCUGCAGAAAGCCCUGGGUGUACGGCAGUACCAUGUGGCCUCAGUCCUGUGCCAACGGGCCAAGGUGGCCAUGAGCCACUUUGAGCCCAAUGAGUACAUCCGUUAUGACCUGCUAGAGAAGAACAUUCACAUUGUUCGCAAACGAUUGAACCGGCCUCUGACCCUCUCAGAGAAGAUCGUGUAUGGACACCUGGAUGACCCGGCCAACCAGGAGAUUGAGCGGGGCAAGACUUACCUGCGGCUGCGGCCUGACCGCGUGGCCAUGCAGGACGCUACAGCCCAGAUGGCCAUGCUGCAGUUCAUCAGCAGUGGGCUGCCCAAGGUGGCUGUGCCAUCCACCAUCCACUGUGACCAUCUGAUUGAGGCCCAGCUCGGGGGCGAGAAAGACCUGCGCCGAGCCAAGGACAUCAACCAGGAAGUAUAUAAUUUCCUGGCUACUGCAGGUGCCAAGUAUGGCGUGGGCUUCUGGAGGCCUGGAUCUGGAAUCAUUCACCAGAUCAUUCUGGAAAACUAUGCAUACCCUGGUGUUCUUCUGAUUGGCACUGACUCCCACACUCCCAAUGGUGGUGGCGUGGGGGGCAUCUGCAUUGGAGUUGGGGGUGCUGAUGCAGUGGACGUCAUGGCUGGGAUCCCCUGGGAACUGAAGUGCCCCAAGGUGAUUGGUGUGAAGCUGACAGGCUCCCUCUCUGGUUGGACCUCACCCAAAGAUGUGAUACUGAAGGUGGCAGGCAUCCUCACGGUGAAAGGUGGCACAGGCGCUAUUGUGGAAUACCAUGGGCCCGGUGUAGACUCCAUCUCCUGCACUGGCAUGGCGACAAUCUGCAACAUGGGUGCAGAAAUCGGGGCCACCACCUCAGUGUUCCCUUACAACCACAGAAUGAAGAAAUACCUGAGCAAGACUGGUCGGGCAGACAUUGCCAGUCUAGCUGAUGAAUUCAAGGAUUACUUGGUACCUGACCCUGGCUGCCAUUAUGACCAAGUGAUUGAAAUUAAUCUCAACGAGUUGAAGCCUCACAUCAAUGGACCCUUCAGCCCUGACUUGGCUCACCCUGUGGCCGAAGUGGGCACUGUGGCGGAGAAGGAAGGAUGGCCUCUGGACAUCCGAGUGGGUCUGAUUGGCAGCUGCACCAAUUCGAGCUAUGAGGACAUGGGACGCUCGGCUGCUGUGGCUAAGCAGGCACUGGCACAUGGACUCAAGUGCAAGUCACAGUUCACCAUCACACCGGGCUCCGAGCAGAUCCGUGCCACCAUUGAGCGGGAUGGCUACGCACAGAUCCUGAGGGAUGUGGGCGGCAUCGUCCUGGCCAAUGCCUGUGGCCCCUGCAUUGGCCAGUGGGACAGAAAGGACAUCAAGAAGGGGGAGAAGAAUACAAUCGUCACCUCCUACAACAGGAACUUCACAGGCCGCAACGACGCAAACCCUGAGACUCAUGCCUUUGUCACAUCCCCAGAGAUUGUCACAGCCCUGGCCAUUGCGGGAACCCUCAAGUUCAAUCCAGAGAGUGACUUCCUGACAGGCAAGGAUGGCAAGAAGUUCAAGCUGGAGGCUCCAGAUGCAGAUGAGCUUCCCCAAGCGGAGUUUGACCCGGGGCAGGACACCUACCAGCACCCACCCAAGGACAGCAGUGGGCAGCGGGUGGACGUGAGCCCCACCAGCCAGCGCCUGCAGUUGCUGGAGCCUUUCGACAAGUGGGAUGGCAAAGACCUGGAGGACCUGCAGAUCCUCAUCAAGGUUAAAGGGAAGUGCACCACUGACCACAUAUCAGCUGCUGGCCCCUGGCUCAAGUUCCGUGGGCACCUAGACAACAUCUCCAACAACCUGCUCAUUGGUGCCAUCAACAUCGAAAAUGGCAAGGCCAACUCCGUGCGCAAUGCCAUCACCCAGGAGUUUGGCCCUGUCCCUGACACCGCCCGCUACUACAAGAAACACGGCAUCAGGUGGGUGGUGAUUGGAGAUGAGAACUACGGCGAGGGCUCGAGCCGGGAGCACGCAGCAUUGGAGCCUCGCCACCUCGGGGGCCGGGCCAUCAUCACCAAGAGCUUCGCCAGGAUCCACGAAACCAACCUGAAGAAGCAGGGCCUGCUGCCCCUCACCUUCGCUGACCCAGCCGACUACAACAAGAUUCACCCCGUGGACAAGCUGACCAUUCAGGGCCUGAAGGAUUUUGCCCCUGGCAAGCCCCUGAAAUGCAUCAUCAAGCACCCUAACGGAACCCAGGAGACCAUCCUCCUGAACCACACCUUCAACGAGACCCAGAUCGAGUGGUUCCGCGCCGGCAGUGCUCUCAACAGAAUGAAGGAGCUGCAGCAGUAAGGCCCAUGCUCUCCCCAACCCGCCCACCUCUGGGACACAGCGCUGGUGUCAUUUACAAGUGCAGUUCCACCUGUGUCAUCAGAGCCAGAUCUGAUCCAUCCUGCCAUGGCUUCUUGCUCCAAGAUGGUGUGACCAGACAUGUUUCCUGCCUCCCCUCCCUCAGACAGAGUGACUACGGUUGGGGGGUUCUUAAAAUAACUUUUUAGCCUCUGCCUUCUCAUUUUUAGUUUGGUUCUGAUCUUAAGCAGCUCCAUGCAACUGUAUUUAUUUUUGAUUAUAAGACUCUCGUCUAAAGUUUUUCUCCUGCCUGAUCAUUUCACUGGUGGCUGAAGGAUUUAGAGAACCUUUGUUCUCACACGGAAAAUAAGAAUCCAAAUUCAAUGAGUA